CAGAUGUCGAUUUAACUCCAUGGUGUCCAUGGUGACCCAAAAACAUUUAAAAUGUUCCAGUGAACAGAGAAAUGGGGUUUUAAUUUAAAACAAUGUUUUAAACAUGUAUUUAUUAGAAAUAAAACUCAAACACAAUGAGAGGAUUAAGACUAUUUGAAUAAUUUGUCAAUUACAAUAAUUCAAUAGACAUGUAUUAGAUAUCAAAAACAUUUAAUUUCUAAACUCAUCCAAUACUGGUCAAUUAUGCAUUCAUUCAUAAUGAAUCAACACAAAAGGAGUUUUUAUCUAAUGCCUCAAACACUCAAAUAGAAAGACUUUUGGAGUAUUCAUAAAUGUACGGCGUUAACUGUAAUGACACUUUGAUUACUUUAUUUGGGCGGUACCCUCAGAUUCAUGUGUUCGCUGCAGUUUAUAAAUCAGCUGAGUCCUGAAACAUCAUACUCCUAACGUUACCAGAAAGGGAAACUAUUCCUUGUAUAUUUAGCAAUGGCAAUGCUAGCUGCAAAGCUUCUUAUGUUUCUUUUUCUAUCUCAGGGCCAACAUUGUUUAGCUGCUGACCUGGAUAACUGUGUUUUCUUGGGGGAAGAGCGGAAAAACAGUCUGUACGAAGAAGGAGAUGUCGUUAUAGGGGGUUUAUUCCCUUUGCACUACAGCCCUGUGUCUUCCCUUCCAAAAUACAAAACAAAACCGACGCCUUUUACGUAUAAGUAUUUCAGCUCUCGUGCCUUGCGCUGGAUGCUGACUAUGACUUUUGCAAUCAAAGAGAUCAACCAUCGCAGCGACCUCCUGCCACACCUGAAGCUGGGGUUCCACAUCCGUGACAGCUGUGAUGACAUACCUGUGUCUCUGAGUGCAGCCCUGCUGUUGGUGAAUGGACAGCCAGACAUCGGCACCAGAGCUGAGAGUUUGAACAGGGACAAAGUUCUAGAAAGAAACAGUCAUUAUAAUGUAAGCUGUGCUGCGGCACAAACUGUCUCCCCGGUAAUCAUAGGAGAUGCUGCCUCUGGAGUGUCUAUGGCUCUGCUAAAAACCUUGGGUUCUUUCCAUAUCCCACUGGUGAGCUAUUUUGCAUCUUGCAGCUGUCUGAGUAACCAAAAGGAGUUUCCCACUUUCAUGCGCACCAUGCCCAGUGAUGCCUUCCAGAUCAGAGCCCUGGCCCGGCUGGUUAGCUAUUUUGGCUGGACCUGGGUUGGGGUCAUUGGUGUGGAAUCUGAUUAUGCUCGCUUUGCCAUUCAACUUUUCCUGAAGGAGUCUGUGAAGUACGGUGUGUGUGCUUCCUACACUCACUUCUACCCUGUGGGCCUGAGUCAGCAGGCUCUAAAUGAGCUUCUGGAUGUUAUUCAGAUGUCAUCCUCAAAGGUCAUCAUUAACUUCAGUAGUGAGUCAGAGAUGCAGGGCAUUCUGAGAGAAGUCCGAUAUCGGAAUAUCACCAGCCUGCAGUGGAUCGCAAGUGAAGCUUGGGCCACUGCUAAAUCACUCUGGGAAAAGUUUGGAGAUCUGCUAACAGGAACACUAGGAUUUGCCAUCCGGAGAGCAGAUGUAAUUCCAGGUCUGAAACAACACCUCACCAGUGUCAGACCAUCCAAUAUUAAUGAAUCAGCUUUCUUGGCAGAAUUUUGGGAGGAAUUGUUUAACUGCAGAUUGAACGGAUCAGUGAACAACCACUCUCAUGGUGGUGUCGCCCACCUCAACAGAUUGCUAUGUAAAGGGACAGAGGAUUUAAAAAAUGUUUACUCUCCUUAUUCAGAUGUUACACAGCUAAGAGUGUCAUAUAAUGUUUACAAGUCUGUGUAUUUGGUAGCCCAUGCUUUGGAAGAUAUGAGUAACUGCAAAGUCGGACAGGGGCCUUUCCUUAAUCGCACUUGCGCAGACUUAAAGAAUGUUAAACCUUGGCAGCUCAUUCACUACAUGAAGCGUGCAAAUUUCUCUGCACUUGGGGAGAAAGUCAAUUUUGAUGAAAAUGGUGACCCCAUUGCUUAUUAUGAUCUCAUGAACUGGCAAAGGAGGCCUGAUGGUUCUCCAUUUGGUAAAGUAGGUUUCUAUGAUGCCUCCACGCCUGAUGGACGCAGCCUGGUCAUAAAUGAGUCAGUGAUUCAAUGGCCUGUUGGAAAGCAGGCUUUCCAGUCUGUGUGCAGUGUCAGUUGUCCUCCAGGUUCCCGCAUCGCCAGGAGAAAGGGGGAACCCAUCUGCUGUUUUGACUGUGUCCCCUGUGCUGAGGGAGAAGUCAGUAAUAAUACUGAUUCUUUAGAGUGCUCACGCUGCUCAGAGGACACAUGGCCCAAUAAAGCCAGAGAUAUUUGCAUCCCAAAGACUAUUGAGUACUUGUCUUACCAUGAGUUAAUGGGUAUUGUGCUGUGUGUUGUAUCUGUACUCGGAGCGUGUGUUUCCCUCUCCAUCCUUGCCAUAUUCUUCAAGUACAAAGAAACACCAUUGGUUCGUGCCAACAAUAUGGAACUAAGCUUCCUUCUCUUGGUGUUUCUUGCUGUGUGCUUCCUUGUUGGCCUGUUGUUUAUUGGUGAGCCUUCAGACUGGCUUUGCCGUAUCAGGUACCCAGCGUUUGGGAUCAGUUUUGCCCUCUGCAUUUCAUGCCUCCUGGCCAAGACAGUAGUGGUCCUCAUGGCUUUCAGGUCUACACUGCCAAUAAGUAAUGCCAUGAAGUGGUUUGGACCCACGCAACAGAGAGCCAGUGUGCUUUUAGGAACAGUUGUUCAGGUUAUAAUCUGUCUUAUCUGGUUGCUCACCAGUCCACCUCAUGCCUACAACAACACAGAUCACAGUGCUGUCAUCAUCAUUGAGUGUGUGACUGGCUCAGAGAUUGGCUUUUGGUGUGUUCUUGGAUACAUCAGCAUCUUGGCCUGCAUGUGCCUCCUAAUGGCAUUUUUUGCUCGAAAGCUGCCUGACAAUUUCAAUGAGGCAAAGUUCAUCACCUUCAGCAUGUUGAUAUUCUUCGCAGUGUGGAUUACAUUUAUUCCAGUUUAUGUGAGCACAGCUGGGAAAUAUACUGUGGCCGUCCAUAUUUUUGCUAUUUUAGCCUCAGCUUUUGGUGUCCUUUUUUGCAUUUUUGCUCCAAAGUGCUAUAUAAUAGUACUGGAACCAGAAAAAAACAGCAAGACGAAUAUGAUGCAAAGAUAAAUAUUAACUGUACGUGUAUGUGUUGCUAAAAUUGUACAUGUAUGAGUAACCGAUUUCAAACAAAUAUAUCUCUGUUGUCAGGGAACUUAAGAUUCAUGCUGGAAAUAAAAUAAGGCAAACCCUGCUUAAGCACUUUUGAUUAAUGGUUAACAUCUGAUAUCAUAAUGAUCCAAAUAUUGACAGUUUUUGAAGUUAUU